GGCGAGGGCGGGGAGGAGCCGGGCUGGGGGCGGCCUGGCAGGAAGCAGCGCGUACCUUCCGCUGCAAGAGGAGCAGGUGGCUGCAGUGCGGCCCGGGGCCCCAGGCUUCCUGUGCGCGCCUGGCAGCUGCAGUUUCUCCUCGGAGCUCCUUGGGCCGCCCCCGCCGCCUGGCCCGGCCCCAUGGCUCAGACCCCCGACGGCAUAUCCUGUGAGCUGCGAGGCGAGAUCACCAGGUUCCUGUGGCCCAAGGAGGCAGACCUGCUGCUGAAAACCUGGCUACCAGAGCGGGAGGGUGCUGAGCAAGGCCACGUCCUGGCGCUGCUGCGAUGGAGAGCCUACCUGCUGCACACCUGCCUCCCAUUAAGGGUGGACUGCACAUUCAGCUACCUGGAGGUCCAGGCCAUGGCACUGCAGGAGACACCCCCUCAGGUCACUUUUGAGCUGGAGUCCCUGCCUGAGCUGGUCCUGGAGUUCCCUGGUGUGGCUGCCCUGGAGCAGCUGGCCCAGCACGUCGCUGCGGCCAUCAAGAAGGUCUUCCCUCACUCCACCCUGGGGAAGCUGUUCCGGAAGCCCACGCCCCCCUCCAUGCUGGUUCGUCUGGAGAGAAGCAGCCCCUCAGAGGCUACCGCACCCAGUAGCCCCUGUGGUGGCUUCUUGGAGACGUACGAGGCUCUGUGUGACUACAAUGGCUUCCCUUUCCGAGAGGAGAUUCAGUGGGACGUGGACACCAUCUACCAUCGUCAGGGCUGCCGCCAUUUCAGCCUCGGAGACUUCAGCCACCUGGGCAGUCGGGACCUGGCACUGAGCGUGGCUGCCCUGUCCUACAACCUGUGGUUCCGGUGUCUCUCCUGUGUGGACGUGAAGCUGAGCCUUGAGGUCUUGGAACAGAUUCUGCACAUGAUGAGUCAGUCGGCCCACCUGGAGGAGCUGGUGCUGGAGACCUGUGGCCUGAGGGGAGACUUUGUCCGGCGACUGGCCCAGGCGCUGGCAGGCCACUCGAGCUCCGGGCUCCGGGAACUCAGCCUGGCGGGGAACCUGCUGGAUGACCGAGGCGUGGUUGCACUCAGCAGAUACCUGGAGCAUCGUCCUGGAGCCCUGAGGAGACUCAGCCUAGCACAGACAGGGUUGACGCCUCGAGGAAUGAAAGCUCUAGGCCGGGCACUGGCUUCCAACGCCGCCUUUGACUCGGCCCUGACCCACCUGGAUCUUUCGGGAAACCCCGGGGCACUGGGGCCCUCGGAGGACAGCGGGGGCCUCUACAGUUUCCUGAGCCGCCCUAACGUCCUGACGGUCCUGAAUCUCGCCGGCACCGACACCGCCCUGGACAUUUCAGGUGAGUGUCGCUGCCCGUGGCCACGCCCCCCACCUGUGCGGCCAUCAGCCAAGCCAGGCUUCCAGCACUUCACCCCGCUCCGCUCCUAUCGGACCCAUAACCUUCCCAGCACCCUGGCCCUUCCUUCUUGGUAUUUGUUCGCGUCCCGGGGGCCCCUGUCCCAGCUCCCGCCACCCCCUGUGACAUCCCCUCCCAGGGCCCUUUUGGAAGGUCUCGCGCUCAACACGCACAUGGGCGACCUGCACCUGGACCUCAGCGCUUGUGAGCUGCGCUCAGCGGGCGCCCAGGUGAUCCAGGACUUAGUGUGCGAUGCUGGCGCAGUGAGCUCCCUGGAUCUGUCGGAUAACGGCUUCGGCUCGGACAUGGUGACUCUGGUGCUGGCCAUCGGGAGGAGUCGGUCCCUGCGACAUGUGGCCCUUGGAAGGAACUUCAACGUCCGGUGCAAGUGAACCUUGUGACCUGCCCUCCUUGCUGACCCCUGAGUGACAAAUGGCUUUCUCUUAACCCAGCCGCUGCAGUCUCUGUCUGUGGCCGAGUCGAGGCUGAAGUUGGGCGCCAGCGUUCUACUUCGGGCCCUGGCCACCAAUCCUAACCUGACAGCCCUGGAUAUCAGCGGCAACGCCAUGGGAGACACGGGUGCCAAGAUGCUGGCCAAGGCGCUACGAGUUAACACCCGACUCCGGUCUGUGGUCUGGGACCGGAAUCACACAUCUGCUCUGGGCCUGCUGGACGUGGCUCAGGCUCUGGAGCAGAACCGAAGCCUGAAGGCCAUGCCUCUGCCACUGACCGACGUGGCCCAGGCGCAGCGAAGCCGCCCGGAAAUGACAGCACGUGCAGUGCAUCAGAUCCAAGCCUGUCUCUUGAGGAACAACCACACAGACCAGGCCUCUCCUGUCAGCACCUCAUGCCAGCAGCCACUAGGUCGGGUCUCUAAUCCCUCUGAGCAGGAAGUGAAUGAACUUUGCCAGUCGGUGCAGGAGCUUGUGGAGCUGCUGGGCUGUGGUGCUGGGCCUCAGGGUGAAGCCGCUGUGCACCAGGCCGAGGAUGCCAUCCAAAAUGCCAACUUCUCUCUCAGUAUUCUCCCCAUUCUAUAUGAGGCAGGAAGCUCCCCAAGCCAUCAGUGGCAGCUGCGGCAAAAGCUGGAGGGCCUCCUGGGGCAGGUGGGCGAGGUCUGCCGCCAGGACAUUCAGGACUUCACUCAGGCCACACUGGACACAACAAGGAGCCUCUGCCCACAGAUGCUGCAGGGACCCAGGUGGAGGGAGCAGCUAGAGGGGGUCCUGGUGGGCUCAAGGGGCCUCCCAGAGCUGCUCCCAGAGCACCUGCUGCAAGAUGCCUUCACUAGACUCAGGGACAUGCGGCUGUCAGUCACGGGGUCCUUAGCAGAGAGCAUUGUGGCUCAAGCUCUGGAGGGUCUGAGUGCAGCACAGGAUCGGCUGGUGGAGAGUCUGGCUCAGCAGACAACAGUGGCAAUGCCCUCUGCCACACUGGCCCUGGAAGAAGGCCAGCCCACCCCCUUUGGGCCUGGGAAAUUGGAAGACCUUUUCUUCCCUGAGGAGAAGGAAAGGGAGGAUGAAGAGGAGCGGAAGAACGACAGUCCUCCACAGAAAUGGCCUGAGUCCAGCCCCUGUCUGCACCUGGUUCCCUCCACUCACAGUAAGUCAGGGCCUGGGGGAAGGGGAGUUACUCACCCGCCGCCUGGGGGCCCUCAGGUGCCCCCAGCGUUGCCGCAGGAAGGAAAUGGGCUCAGUGCCCGAGUGGAUGAGGGCGUGGAAGAAUUCUUCUCCAAAAGGCUGAUCCAGCAGGAUCGCCUCUGGGCCCCUGAGGAGGACCCAGCCACCGAGGGUGGUACCACCCCUGUCCCCCGUACACUGCGAAAGAAGCUGGGCACCCUCUUUGCCUUCAAGAAGCCUCGUUCAACACGGGGGCCACGGCCUGAUCUAGAGACCAGCCCUGGGGCAGCUGCCCGCACUCGAAAAACCACACUUGGGGACCUGCUGCGGCCACCGGCCCGCCCUGGCCGUGGGGAGGAGCCUGGUGGGGCUGAAGGGGGCACCGGCAGCCCUGACCCUGCUCGCAGGAGCCGGCCUCGCUACACUCGGGAAAGCAAGGCCUACUCAAUGAUACUGCUGCCUGCUGAGGAGGAGGAGGCAGCAUUGGGUGCCAGACCUGACAAGAGGCGGCCUCUGGAGCGAGGAGACACAGAACUGACCCCAUCCUUUGAACAGAGGGUACAAGUGAUGCUGCAGAGGAUUGGCGUGAGCAGAGGCAGCGGGAGUGCCGAAGGGAAGAGGAAACAAAGCAAAGAUGGAGAGAUCAAGAAAGCUGGCUCAGAUGGGGACAUUAUGGACAGUUCCUCGGAGGCCCCUCCCAUCUCUAUCAAGUCCCGCACCCACUCCGUGUCUGCUGACCCCUCAUGCAGACCUGGGCCAGGGAGCCAGGGGCCUGAGUCCACCACCUGGAAGACACUGGGGCAGCAGCUGAAUGCAGAGCUUAGGAGCCGUGGUUGGGGCCCACACGAUGGUCCAGGACCCCCUUCCCCUUGUCCCAGCCCACGAAAAGCCAGUCCCUCCCCAGACAGCCUGGGCCUCCCAGAGGAUCCUUGCUUGGGCCCCAGAAAUGAAGAUGGCCAGCUGAGGCCGAGGCCUCUCUCGGCAGGGCGACGGGCAGUGUCUGUGCAUGAGGACCAGCUCCAGGCCCCUGUUGAACGGCCUUUAAGGCUGCAGCGGUCCCCUGUUCUCAAGCGAAGGCCAAAGCUUGAGGCACCCCCGUCACCAAGCCUAGGAUCUGGCCUUGAAGCCGAGCCUCUGCUCCCACAGUAUACAGAGCCCUCCAGCCCUGAGCGGAGUCCACCCUCCCCAACCACAGACCAAAGAGGCGGCCCCAACCCCUGAUCCUCUCCUUUCCUGCCGCAUGAGAUUAUUUUAUUAAAAAACUCAAAGCAGA